AUGAUGGUUUUAAUGCAAAAAGCAAUUGAUUUUACUGGAACAUCAAUGCAAUCUUUUACUUUUCUUUAUCGUUGUAAACCAAGAAUUUAUUGGGAUUAUGUUUAUGAAAUGGGGCAAGUAUUAAAUCCUUAUUUGAAGGAUAGUAAUGGGCAGGCAGCUUGUCCUUUAAAUCAAAAUAUUGAAGGACUUUUCUUUUCUGCUAAAACUAAUCCUGAUGGUUCUUUGCCUAAUUCUUCACCAUUUGGAGAUGUUAGAAUGGUUUUGCCCGCACAUAAUUUACUUGAUCCUCAACGUGUAAAUUUAUAUUUUGCUGAUUUUUAUUGUAAUCGAGUUCCUCAUUAUGUCACUGUUGUUGUUGCAUUUAAAGAUUCUGAAGUUGAUAAAUUUUCUAAGGAUAAACUUCUUCCAUUAGACCCAUUUGACAAUCAGUUCUUGCUUCUUCAACAUACUUCAAAUUCUCAAUCUCCUUUAAAUUUUUUUGUAAACAAAAAAGUUUGGGUUGAAAUAUAUUAUACUGAAACUGUUCCUAUGAGAUGGUUUGUUUUUUUUAGUUUUUAG